UUCUUCGUCUUCUCACGCACACUCCUCUCUCCCCACCCGCUCGGUCUCCCUCCGCUCGCCGCCGCCGCCGCCGCCAGCCGCCGCAGCCGAACCCGUACGCCGCCACCUCGGGUAGAGCCAUGGGGAUGCAGCAGUCCGGCAGGAGAGAUUUGUAGCGACAAGGGUCAGUUCCCCAGUCCCCCACACCACACCGCAACCGAGCGCAGCGUGACCUGACCUUUCGCCGUCAUCCAUGGCGACGACCCUCAACCCUUUUGACCUCCUCGGCGACGACGAGGGCGAGGACCCCGCGCAGCUGCUGGCCAAGGCGGCCGCCUUGGCGCAGAAGGCCGAGGCCAAGAAGUCGGCGCCGGCCGCCGCCGCCGCCGGGAAGCCGGCCGCCAAGCUGCCCACCAAGCCGGCCCCACCUGCGCAGGCUGUCCAGGAGUCUCGAGGUGGUUCACGCGGAGGAUUCAGGCAAGGCGAACGUGGCUACGGCAGAGGUGGCCGAGGAGGGUAUGGUCAGAACCGCGAUUUUGGCGGUGAAGACACAAAUGGCUACAGGGGAGGAGGAUAUGGUGCCAGAACUGGAGGCGAGGAAGGCGGGGAGAGGGGCCCUCGUCCACCCUACCAGGGAGCCCGCCGAGGUGGGUAUAGGGAAGGCGAGUUUGGUGAUGAUUCCGAGAGGCCGCCUCGAAGGAACUAUGAGCGCCACAGCGGCACAGGCCGUGGGUAUGAGAUGAAGCGUGACGGUGCUGGCCGUGGGAACUGGGGAACUGCCUCUGAUGAACUUGCCCAGGAAACUGAGGCCCUCAAGCUGGAUGAGAAGGCACCUGUUGCUGAGAAGCUGGGUGCACCGGAGGAUGGACCACAGGCAGAGGAGAACAAGGUUAGCAAAGAUGCCACUGCAAAUGUGGAAGAGGAAAAGGAAGAAGAAGACAAGGAGAUGACUCUUGAGGAAUUUGAGAAAGUAAUGGAGGAGAAGCGGAAAGCACUUCUUGCUUUGAAGAGGUCUGAGGAGAGGAAAGUUGAAAUUGAUAAGGAUCUGCAGGCUAUGCAACUGCUUUGCACUAAGAAGGGAAAUGAUGAAGUUUUCAUCAAACUGGGUGCUGAUAAGGAUGCUUUGAAGAAGAAAGAAAAUGCUGAACGCGAGGAGCGUGCCAAGAAGUCUGUGAGCAUCAAUGAGUUCCUGAAACCUGCUGAGGGAGAAAGGUACUAUGGCGGCAGAGGACGCGGCGGCAGGGGGCGUGGUGACCGUGGAGGCUUCCGAGGUGGAUUCGGUGGGGGCUAUCAUGGCCCGCCGGCCGCUCCAGCUAUUCAAGACCAGAACCAGUUCCCAACUCUUGGUGGGAAGUGAAAUCUCAUGUUAUCUUGUCGUUUUUGCUGCCAACCUUAAAUUUUGUUGGUUACCUUAUGUUUUUGUUCGACUUCUAUUAAAACAAAUAAUUGUGUUUGUGUGUGUGGAUCAUUCACCCUUGCGUCAGUCGACUUUGUAAAUCCAGAGUUGUUUGUCA